GAGAGAGAGAGAGAGACGUCUUGCUCUGGCGGAGUGAAUAAGCGCUGUCCAUGAGGAAUACCCCGCACACUCUCUCUCACACGCGCGCGCGCUGUAUCUCUGCUCAGCCUGUGACAGUGAGCAGUAAGCGGGUGUGUGUGUAUGUGUGUUGGACUGAAGAAGAGCAGCAGGGCGCAUCGCGGGAAUUCUCUUUCCUCUCCUCACUGGAUUCUGAAUGGGGUUUUAUACCGGGAUAAACUUGGGAUAAUAUUACAGGGUUGACUGUUUCUCCAUGUGUUUGGACACAAUGAUUGCUCAGAGCACAAUGGAUUUGUUUCUAUGGACCCUUCUGAUUUCUGUGUUCUCAGCUGUAUCAGUCCAGGGUAACCCAUUUGCCUCUCUGCCACCUAUGUCAGCGCCGCGGAUCUACCUGUCCUUCAAAGAGCUGAAGUCUACAGGCACGGCACAUCACUUUGCCUUCUUGCUCAACUCUACUGACUACAGGGUUCUGCGCAUGGACGAGGAUCAUGACCGCAUGUAUGUGGGAAGCAAAGACUACAUCCUCUCCCUGGACCUAAAUGACAUCAACAAGGAGCCUCUUAUAAUCCAUUGGCCUGUGGCUCCUCUGAGGAAGAAUGAGUGUGUUCUGUCAGGGAAGGACAUCAAUGGCGAGUGUGGAAACUUCAUCCGUUUGAUUGAACCAUGGAACCGGACUCACCUGUAUGUAUGUGGAACAGGAGCCUACAACCCCAUUUGCACUUACGUGGACAGGGGUCAAAAAUCACAGGCUUUGCUCCAGAAUCAGAAUCUUCGAGCAGGAGGCCGAACAAGUCGUGCAGCUGAACCCAGUGCCUCGCCUGAGCCUUAUGCACCGAAGGAAUACAUCUUUCGUCUGGAGCCGGGUAAAGUGGAUUCUGGAAAGGGAAAAUGCCCAUUCGACCCCAAAUUGAACAGUGUGUCUGCGCUGAUCAAUGGCCAGCUCUACGCUGGAGUGUACAUCGAUUUUAUGGGAACCGACUCUGCCAUUUUCCGUACGCUAGGAAAACACACGGCCAUGAGGACUGACCAGUACAACUCACGCUGGCUCAAUGAUCCCACAUUUGUUCAUGCACAGCUCAUACCAGACAGUGCGGAGAAGAAUGACGACAAAUUGUACUUUUUCUUUCGUGAGAAGGCUUCAGAGAUGGGCCAAACCCCCAUGACUCAAUCCAGAAUUGGCAGGAUCUGUUUGAAUGAUGAUGGAGGUCACUGUUGUUUGGUAAACAAGUGGAGCACUUUCCUGAAAGCUCGACUAAUCUGCUCCGUUACCGGGGCUGACGGCAUUGAGACGCACUUCGACGAGCUCCGGGAUGUGUUUAUUCAGAAGACUCAAGAUACCAAGAAUCCUGUCAUCUAUGGAGUCUUUUCAGUGUCUGGAUCAGUGUUUAAGGGUUCAGCCAUAUGUGUGUAUUCCAUGGCUGAUGUACGUAUGGUCUUCAAUGGCCCCUUUGCCCACAAGGAAGGUCCAAACUACCAGUGGAUAGCCUACCAGGGGAAAAUCCCCUACCCUCGGCCUGGCACGUGCCCAGGAGGGACAUUCACUCCCAACAUGAAAUCCACUAAAGAUUACCCAGACGAGGUUAUCAACUUUAUGCGGAACCACCCCACCAUGUACAACGCUGUGUAUCCGGUGCACAAGCGCCCCCUGGUGAUGCGCACCAACGUUGAUUACGAGUUCACCACUAUCACUGUGGACCAAGUUGCAGCAGCAGAUGGGAGUUACGAGGUGCUGUUCUUAGGAACAGACAAAGGGACAGUGCAGAAGGUCAUUGUUCUACCUCGAGAUGAUCUACAGACUGAGGAACUAGUUCUGGAGGAAGUGGAGGUCUUUAGGGUUCCAACACCAAUAACCACAAUGAAGAUUUCUCCAAAACGACAACAGCUGUAUGUGAGUUCAGCAGUGGGAGUGACUCACUUGGCAUUACACAGAUGUGAUGUGUACGGUGAGGGUUGUGCAGACUGCUGCCUCGCCCGUGACCCUUAUUGUGCUUGGGAUGGCAAGUCCUGCUCCCGCUACUCCAAUAACCACAAGAGGCGCAGUCGAAGGCAAGACGUGAAGUACGGCAACCCGAUUAGACAGUGCAGAGGUUACAACUCUAAUGCCAACCGAAACACCCUGGAGGCAGUGCAGUAUGGAGUGGAAGGAAGCACUGCAUUCCUGGAGUGCCAGGCCAGGUCUCCGCACGUAUCAAUCAAAUGGCAUUUUCAGAAGGAGAACAGUGACAGGAGACGAGAGAUUCGUUCAGAUGGACGUGUGCUGCACACAGAUCAGGGCCUGCUUUUGCGCUCUCUGCAGCUCUCUGAUGCCGGCACCUACCAGUGCACAGCCACAGAGAAGAACUUCAAGCACACACUGGUCAAGCUGCAGUUGCUUGUGCUCUCAGUGCGCACUGUCAACAGCAUCCAAAUGGAGACCGGAGCCUCUAUACCCGUCAUGCCUGCAGUUCCUCUACAGACCAGUGCCUGGACACCCAGCGCUGAGCAGUACAAAGACCUGCUGACCAUCCUGAGCCAGCCUGAGAUGGGUUUAAUCAACCAGUACUGCCAGGACUACUGGCAAAUCGCUGAGCAUGACAAGAAAGACCCGUACGAACCGAAAGAUCAGCGCAAACCGCGUAACCGGAGACACCAUGAGACCCAGAGGAGCUCAGCCGAGACAUGAGGAGGGUGCUGAGGAGGCUGAUGAGGCCAGAUAAAAAACACAGACACAUAAAGUACAUGCGUCCACAAGACUUAAGCUAAAACACCAACCCACUGAAACACAUUACACAUGAAUAUAAGUUCCACUACAGCGUGACCGAUGGACUAAAAUGGACACAUUAGAGCAGCGAGAGUAGGCAGUAUUUAUUGUAGUUUGUACAUAGUUAGACUCUGUGGAUAUCUUUGUACCGAGAGCACAAAAAGAGUGAAAAACAAACCGUUUUUUUUUUUGUGUGUAUAUGAUUCUUCUGUGCAGAUAUUUUAUUAUUGUUAUUCUUCGUAUAGCAUAUUUAUUAUAGUGUUCUUGUCCCAAUGAACUGUGUGAUUGUAUUAUGAGGGAAGGUGAGUGCACAGUUACAAGCUGUAUAUACUGAGUGGAUAAAUACUCAUGGUGCCUCAUUCACAGGUGUUCUGAAUAUUCCACCAUGUAAUAUACAAUACUAUAUUAGCUGUAGCAUCAGUGGUUUUACUGACCAAGCAGUUUCCAUGGAUACAAGCUGUAUUCCUAGUCAGUCACACGUUCAUGUAUGCUUCAGCUCAUAUUAGGUAACGGGAGACAUUGCAUUGAGUCCGAUGUCCAAAUUAGGGCGAGACGAAGCAAAAAAUAAAGGCCAGUUUGUUAGACCAAUAAUUUGAACAAAUCAUCUUAAAACUGUUUAUUAUAUCACUAUUUAUCCAAAUUGUUAAUAAACAAACAUGUAUCUCCUAUAAUUCUGAUGAACAAUCUGCAGUUCAUUACAAGAAAAGGCGUUUUUCCUGAUUAUGGUUUUUACAUGCAGUGGCUUACAUAAAUAUUUACCCCUUGGAACUUUUCCACUUUUUCUCAUGGUAUAACUUGUAACUUAAAUAAAUUUUGAUGCUAUAAUUGGGUAAUAUGUCAAAACCUUUGCAUACUAAUGAAGAAUUACAAAAUCAUUUGUCGGUGAAUGGGGUGGGAUUUUUUUUUUUUUUUGCUUUUGCUUUUUUCUGCCCCCUAGUGGAAAACGGUGGUAAAUUCUUUCCAGUUUAGUUAUUGUUCAAAAGACGAUCUUGCUUUCGUGCAUAGGUGCAAAAUUCAUUCGAUUGAUCCUUUAUACACACCCCUUCUUGAGCUAUCCUUGUAAAUGUUUGAACAUUUUUGUGGUCAAAAUUAAUUAUAAUAUUAUCUCUCUGAGUACUUGUUUAAGGAAAGAAAAUUCACAAUCUUUAGAUGAAUCGAAUAACACUGUGUAAAGUCAGAAUCCUUACAACUCGACACGGAAAGGUGUUAAACAUCAGCUUUAUGUCUUUGUAAAGUUCUUGAUCUUCCAUGUCUGUAUGACUAAAUGUGCGCAAUUCCUCUGUAAGUCACCAGGUCUGGCUUAAACCCAAAAAAAGACAUCCUUCACAGUAAAUAUAUGCUUUCAUAAAAAUGAUGUGUAAAUAGUACAUACAGUUAUUGCACGUGCAAAUAAGUACAUUAAAUUACAGAAUGCAUAGGAUUCGAAUCAGGAUAUUGUUUCUUUUUUUGUAAAUUAAAAGAAUAUAAAAGGGGUAUGCCAUAUUGUGGUAAACUUGUAGAUCUUUAUAACAGAGAAUUCAAGGAGAGCACUUUUUAGGAGAAUUGUUCUCUUUUUUUGUUUAGUUUUUUGCAUGAAAUGGUUUUGUACUGUACAGCUUUAUUAGUUAAAACUCAGUUAUGUUGAUGUGUAGAUGUUUAUGGAUGGUCUUUUAUGUAAAAGAAAAAAAAAAUUCACUUUAUGCGAAAA